CCCACAAUGCUAACUUGACCAUUUCUCUCACAUUAAAAAAAAAAAAAAAUCAGAUUCCUUCCAUUGUUCCUCUUUAUUCUUUUUGUUUUUUUGUUUGAUUGAUUGAUUUCUUGUUUCUAGGUUGUGAUCAUGAUCCUAUGAUUCAUAUGGAUGGAAGUUUAUGAGUUAAAGAUUGGAUUUUUGGCUCCUCAAAUAUUGCCCCAAAGGUCUAAACUUUAACUUGGUAGCCUUUUGUAUCUUUUUUUAGAAACCAGAUUCUUGAUUAUGGGUUUCAGGAUUGGUAAAUUAAUGAGUUAAAGAUGGGAUUUUUAGUUCAUCAGAUAUUGCCCCAAAGGUCAAAACUUGAAAUUGGUAUUUUUCAGAAACUAGAUUCUUGAUUAUGGGUUUCAGGAUUGGUUAUUGAUGAGUUAAAGAUGAGAUUUUUGGCUCCUCAAAUAUUGCCCCAAAGGUCAAAACUUUAACUUGACCAGAUUCUGGAUUUGGAUUUUUGGCUGACUUGUAGUGGGAAUCAAGAAAAUUUGUGUCUGGUAGAUUUAUAAUUUGCUAAUUCACUAAAAAGGGACUCUGGAUAUUCCCUCUUUUGUUGAUAAUCUGGAGUUUGAUUAGUUUAUGUUGGCCUUUGGAUUCAUUGAUAAGAGUCACUUGGAUAAUGUUGUGAUGAAGUUUGGAGAUUUAAGUGGCUCAAUUGUAUUUCUUGGACUAGCAUUUUUUCUAGGGACCCCUUUGGGAUUUGUUGUUUUUAUUUGAGGGUAUAUGGAGUACCUUCCUGUUGAGGUCAUUGGUAACAUUUUGUCCCGGCUCGGAGCUGCCCGUGACGUUGUGAUUGCAUCUUCCACUUGUCGAAAAUGGCGACAGGCUUGGACAAGUCAUCUUCACACGCUGACGUUUAACUCGAAUGACUGGCCGGUUUAUCAUGAGCUCACAAGGAGCAGACUCGAAAUAAUCAUAACUCAGACGAUUUUCCAAACUAACGGACUGCAUUCCCUAUCGAUCCUCAUGGAUGAUGUCGACGAGUUCUCCGCUGCUCCAGUAAUAGCUUGGCUAAUGUAUACCAGAGAAACGUUACGCCAGUUAUAUUACAACGUCAGGACUACUCCGAACAUUAAUAUACUCGAAAAAUGUGGUCGACAGAGGCUAGAAGUGUUAGCUCUUGCACACAAUACGAUCACUGGAGUCGAACCGAGUUACCAAAAAUUCCCUUGCUUGAAGUUUCUUUCGUUAAGUUACGUGAGUAUAUCGGCUUUAGACCUGACUCUUUUCCUCACAGCCUGCCCAAAAGUCGAGGUCUUGAAUCUUGUUAGUAUAGACAUCGUUAUGUCCGAUCCACAAGCGACAAUGGAGCUGACGAGUAACUCUUUGAAAGAUAUCUAUGUCGAAGCCGUUAGUUUGGAUAAAAUCAUUCUGGAGGCAGAUAGUCUUGAGAAGCUGCAUUUGAAAGAUUGUACGCUUGAGGAUUUCGAGCUUGUCAGCAAGGGGAAGUUAAAACUUCUUAAGAUCGAUGAUGUCAGCGUCAUCCAUCUCGAUAUUGGUGAGAGUGCUGAAAAUCUCGAGAUCGUGGACGUCAGUAAUUUCACAAUCAUGUGGUCUAAGUUCCAUCAUAUGAUAGCAAAAUCGUCAAAGCUGAGGAGAUUGAGGCUAUGGCAAGUUGUAUUCGAUGAUGAUGAUGAGGCAGUGGAUAUCGAGACGAUUUCCGCUUGUUUUCCUCAAUUAAGUCAUUUGUCAUUGAGCUACGAACUAAGAGAGACGGGACUUCAGUAUGGAUCGGAAGAUUCUUUUCGAUUGGAAAAUGUGGUUGUCCUGGAGCUCGGAUGGAUGGUGAUUAGUGACUUGUUCUCGCAUUGGGUAGCGGGCCUACUCGAAAGGUGCCCGAACUUGAGGAAGUUGGUAAUUUACGGGGUUGUUUCAGAAACCAAAACGCACGAAGAAUGCCAUACGUUAGCCAACUUCACGUCUUUUAUUGUAAGGCUUAUGAGGAAAUAUUUGCAUGUACAUGUUCAGUUUGAAUAUGAAUAGAUUUUUGAACAGUUGUUCUCUGCUUGGAGGGAGAUAUUGGUUUUUCACUGCAGUCUGAGGGGUUGGAAAAAUGCGAGUAAGCGGAGAAACAGUGAUGAGGUUAGCAGAGAAUAAAAGAUUAAGCAAGGCUAUAGUGAUGGAGAGGACUCUAAAUAGUGAGGUACACUUCUGCCUUCUACACGAAAGAUAUAUAUGCUUCACUGGUGGAAGCUUGCGGAGAAGUCAGCUGGAAAAUCAGAUCUCUUCAUGGCUGUACUGCUAUAUUUAUAUAUAUAUUUUCUUUUUUCAUAUGACCGAGAAAUCUAUCUCAGCCAACCCUUAAGACCAACCGCAGCUUUUGAAACUCGGGGAUAAUGGGCCCGCCUCUACCCUUCUCCACUUAAAUACUCGACUUAGUUUUGCUGCACGUAUAUAUAGGGAUACUGGCUUGAAAAAUCAAGCUGUUUGGUAGCUUUUCAGUCUGUAAAAGUUGCUAAUUUGGCUUGAUUUUGCAGCAUCUAAAUUACUGCACGUGGAAAGAAAAUCCAAAAGACACAAGAAAACCCGAAAAAUCUAAACUAUAGGUUGUAGGAAUAAACCUUAACAACAACAUACAAACAUAACUAUACACAUAAUUAACUACUUUAAACAAUUUAAAGCGUAAAAUUCUUCUAGAAAAUAUCUUUCUCUUUCAGUUCAGAUUACCCUUAUAUUUCCGGUACUCUUCGAACUUACUAGACAUAAUAUCUUAUAUAGUCAAACCUCUAUAACAUCCAUCCUCUAUAACAACAUUUCACUAUAACGGCCAAGUUUUUUUUGGAACCGAAUUUUCAUGUUAUGUUCUAUUAUAUGUUUUCUGCAACAGCAUUUUGCUAUAACAACAAAAAAAUAUACAAAUAAA